GCAGCUGCCGAACAAUGCAUGAGGCACAUGGAAUCGCAUGUGCACGAUGCGCUAGACACCCUCGAGGAGCCUGCCGAGACCGAUCCCUCGUUGGAGCAGGAUCACGCGGACACGCCGGGCUCCCAGGGAGGGUCUCAGAGGCGCCUUCGCCUUCGUGUCGGCGUGGGACUGGCUCUCGCUGGACUGGUGCUGACCUGCAUUGGUGCAGCCGUUUGGGUUCGGCCCAUACCCGACCAGCCCACUCUGGGUGCAAGUCAAUGUUUAGACGACUCGGCUCGGGAGGAACCGCCGCUGGCCUGGACUGGCAAGAAAGCGGGUCCGCUUGAGCGGCAACUUGGGGUUAUCACUCCAGCCCAAGCUGCGUGGAUCGUUUUGCAAGCCGGGCAGACAGCCAAUGAUGUGGCUACAAAUACGAGCGAGCUGGCCAAAGAGCUGGCGGCUGAAGCUGCACCUCGGGUCAACCCGAAGAAGGUGCAGAAACGCAAUCGCGCACGCUGUAUUCUGCAGACCCUCGCGGUGGGGGAGAGCAUCGCCAAGAUCGCAACCAACAUCAAAGCGGCACAGGCAGUUUGUGGUCCUGAUCGGAUCUUCAAGUACAUCCCAGGCAAGUUUGGAAAACAAUUGGUAAAGCUUCGCAAGAUCAUUUGCUCAGUAAACAUCGAAUUGGUCAUCUCGGGCUUCUUGGCAAUUGCUGGCAAUCUGGCUGAAGCUAGCAUAAGCUGUUCCAUUGCUGUGAACUCCUCGAGCUCUCUGAACUUGAACGAGCAGUUUGAUGCGGGCUGUGCGAGCGCUGCUUACCAAAUGACCAAUGCCCUGGUUUCGGUGUCUUCUGCCUUUUCGAUCGCAAUCCCAGGCUGUGAAAUUGUGGCGAAGGGCUUGGAGAAGACGAUCAAACAAGCUCUCUUUGGACUGGGGGAGAAAGGAGUCUCCGAUUUUGGCGGUGGCAAGCUGACCAACCCAAGCCAACUCAAGGCUGCCGUCAAAGCUCUCCAGAGUGAGCUGACACCGGCCAAUUUUUUGUCAGAGACGACCACUUUUGGGCGGAGGCUCUUUCUGGGUGGAGGCAAGGGCGCAAUCAUGACCCAGUGCGUGGUCGACGUCAUGCAGGCGUUGACGCAGCUGUCGCUGAUGGGCAUUGGAAUUGAUUCGCUAGCGAACGCAGCUUGCGACAACCCGUCUGUGGGAAGAGUGACAUCGAGAGCCUUGCCAAAAUUUCUUCGCAAGCGACUCGAGAACGGACAGCGCGCGGCUUGUGGCACGGGCGUUGCGACAAUAAUUGCUCAACUUGGACUCGCCACGGUGUUCCUAUCCUUUACCUCGUUUCACUGCACGAACGAAGCUAACAUUCGGGCAAUCUGCGGUGCAGGGAUCGCAGGAGCCACUGGGGCAUUGGCUGGCAUCGCUGGGGCUGGCAUGGCAGCAUAUGUUGCGUGUACGGAGGGGCAGAGGUUCGACGAAACCGAAGCGCUGUCCAAGAAGUUCAUAGCAGACUUCCUUGCAGAGGAAGCCACAAGCAUUGUUCAGGAAACCUGCCCGGACCUGUCGCUUCAGUGCUUCUUGGAAUUUACGCAAUUCUUCUCGAAUUGCCCGCCCGGUGCGAGCGUUGCAGGACCAGUGACUUCAUCUUGCCCGGUGCCUCCGUCUCCUCAAGCAUGUCCAGGAAUCGAGCCCUGCGUCAACGAGUUUGAGGCAUUAAGGCCGAGCUUGACAACUUGGUUUCCGUUGCCGACGGCGCCGCUGGAGUUCGCCGCACUGGUCAACGGAGCUCAAUCGUGCUUCGAGUACCUGACCUGCUUCCUCACCCCGGGCCCGAGCCCAUCGCCUCGAAGGCUCCAAAGCGAUGCAUCGCCUCGAAGGCUUCAAAGCGAUGCUCUACGCAGCAUGCUCUUGCAAAAAGUGGUGGGCCCACUUCCAGAACGCUGGCGCUCGCUGAUUCAUGGGGAGGAUCCUCAAGAGGGUCCUCGCGAGUCUCACGACGGUGUUCCUGCCGAGGGUGUGCCGAUGAUCAACCGCCUCUGGAACCGCAGCGUCGGCUCCUCCGCGAGUCAGGGGCUCUCGAGAACGGUGCUGCAAGGCGGCCAGUUUUUGGAAGAGGCAGCCAGGGAACUGCACAAGCGUGAGGCGAAUCACGAUUUGUGCUUAGUUAACGACGGACCGCUCAUGGAUGACAACCAAGAGACGAUCCCUUGA